GAAUUCUUGGUCCGGGCACAAAACCACGUGAUUGCCGAAGAAAGCAUGUCGGUCCCGGAUUUUACGUUCGCAUCCCCGGGACAAAAACCGACGUCGGAAAAGAAGAAGAAAUCCUUUGGCAACACACACAAGAAGACCUCCUCCACGGACCCGCGGUGGGGGGAUCCGAACGACCCCGAGGUGCGAGCAGCUCGGAAACAGUACCGGGAGGACUUGAAAGAAAGAUACCGAUCUGUCUACUCGGUCGGAGCAGCCGCCAUCUACGAGGAAAUAAAGGGAAAGGGAAUCAUUCCCGAUGCUCGACCAGUCAAAACCCCGGAGAGCCUACUCGACAAGGGCCGUUACUGCGACUACCACAGGUCGCCGGGUCACAAUACAGACGAAUGCCUGAGCCUGUUGUCGGCUCUGAUGAAGCUCAUCGGUAAUCCACAAGUGAGGAAAUUCACCAAGGCUGGAGAUAGCAAGGGAAAACGAAGAACGCAGGAAAUCCCCGAUGAUGACGAAGGAGAUGAAGGGGGAUCGACUUUCAAGAGGCUUCGAGCCCAGGGAGAUAAGGAAAUUUUCGUGAUCGGACCAACGGACGUCGGUUCGCCCCGAGACCAACUCAGGAAGAGGGGACGAGAAGCCGACGUCCAGCCACGACCCAGCCAGACGCCUCCAACCUCGGGACGGUCAAGUCCUAUUCCCCGAGUUAAUACUAACCGAGAUACACCGACGUCAUCCAGAAGGCAGGCCAAGGCCUAUGCGCGAAAGGCCUACAACUCGGGGAAGCAGGUCAUGACCUCGGAUCUUAGAGAAACGAUCAACGCCCGCACCUGCCUGAUCACUUUCACGCUGGAGGACGCAAGUCUGUUCGUUCAUCCACACUCGGACGCACUCAUAAUCACGGCCCCCAUCUGCGGUAUCCCUGUCCACCGGAUCAUGGUGGACACAGGGGCCUACACGAGCAUCCUCAUGCUCAAAGCGUUCAACAAGCUCGGGAUAGACCCCGCCGAAGUCAGCCCUUGCAACGACCGCGUCCACGGCUUCAACGGGAGCGUGGCGCUCCCACUAGGGGAAAUCACACUUCCCAUUCGGUUCGGAGGAAGCGGGCAGACGUCCAAAGUCAUCAUGGAAACCUUCAAGGUGAUGGACCUCGACAAUGAGUACAAUGCGAUUAUCGGGAGGACGGC